CCACCUACUCACAUUCAGCAUCAACUGAAUCAUCUCCUGGUUCAUCGAUACCGCCUUCACCCUUGGAGCAUGAUGUCCGCGUGCCCUCUGACUUGGAGGUAAUGACCUCUCUCCUGAAAGAGGAACUUGCCCAACUCGAGGAUUACUACUUAUUCGAAUCCACACCAAUGAAAGCAGAGAAAUGGCAAAAAUGUGACAAAGGCUUACAAGCUAUGGCCGCCCAGUCGUACUACCAGUUACCCUGUACUUCGUACGGUGUAAACCAAUCUGAAACCAACCCAAGACUUGUUACCCUGGCAACAGGGGAACUCGACCUGAGAGGCUUCUGUGGCAGCUCUGUUGGCAGAACAAAAAUGCCUAGACCUUCCCCUUACAGCUACGUGCGGACCCACUCCAGUAGCCAAAGGAUAGCGCCCAAUGGAUGCAAAGACGUAGAGGUCUUCGAGAAAGAAACGUGGACUUUCAAAGGGACUCAUUCGGGGUACACAGAGAUGGCUUUUGACCAGUGCUCUGUCGACAAAUUUUUUGGGAAGCACCAUACUAGUGGAAAGAAGGUUCGCGAAUGUGCCAUACUGUUAAAGGAAGAAGAGAAAAGCUGUUUGACCGAAGACGUUUUUUACAGAGCAGAGAUGAUGAAAAGUUUCGAUGCAGGUGCAUCUCUAGAUACGUACCACAGGAGAGCAGAUCAAAGCCUUGAAUGUCUGUCUGGAGACAGUGUUGGAUCUUCUUUGGAGUUUCCAACACAAAAACCAAUGCCAAGGCCAAGAGAAAGCCCAUGUGUGUUUAAGCCGGAUGUGAAAGUAGGUUCCCUGGAAAGAAACCACGGAGAGCGUAAACAGAAGAAAAGAGAUCAGAACAAGACUGCUGCUUACAGGUAUCGUCAGCGUAAGAGGGCGGAGCAGGACUGCUUGGAGGAGGAGCUUCAUAGCUUGGAGGGACGAAAUAGAGAGCUGCGAGACAAAGCAGAAUCCGUAGAGAGAGAGAUACAGUACGUCAAAGACCUUCUAAUUGAAGUCUAUAAGGCUCGAAGUCAGCGCUUGAAAGAGGAUUCCAGUGCCUAGACCUGUUUUCACCACCAGCAUUACAAAGAUCAGCUCUUUCUCCAAGGACUCCAACAGGUUCUGGCAGUGGGCGUCUGAUGUUCCACGUACUUGGUGGAGCUCUGAAAAGCACUCAUGAAUUUAGUGAUGUUUUGCUAAAUUACUACACGUGCAGGCCAUAUGGUGUAAUAAGGAACGUAAAAUGCCUUGGAGCACUGUGAUAAUAGCCAUGAGCUGACAACACUUAGUAUCCUACUAACAGUAUUAAAGAGAUUAUGCAUUAUAGAAACCAUCAUGAUUCCGGGGACUUUUACACUUUAUAUUAAAAUACUCUGUGCGGAUUAAAUUGUUUAUAUCAAUACUAAAAACCAACAGUUAUUCUACAUAUACUAGCGCAGACGUGUAUUUAUUGUGUUAUCAGUUGGGGGUGGGGGGGUUGGUCAUGGUUUUGCUUAGUAAAGACUUUUAAGAAUGUACCAAGUAAUUGUUAAUUUUGUAUGUUAUAAUUAUGAAGAGCACUGUAAUCUUAAGUGAUAAAUCAUUUUUCAUUUGCUUAUUUUUAUUGUCUCCUUUUAUUUUUACAUUUUAUUUCAUAUUACCUUCUUAGGUCUUGUAAAUUGUUUUUUUUAUUGUGAAAUAGCUUCCGUAAUAAUGUAUUAUGCAGGUUAAGUUUUUAAAAACUUUUUUCCAGUGACAUUUAAAAUACUGUACAUUAUUAACCAAUGUACUGUGGUUUAAAGCACAUGAGCAAGAUAGUAGAUUUCUUGGUGAUUUCAAUGGCUCAGGUACUGAAUGCAUGCGUCCAAGAUACAGAAAAGCAUGUUGGGUUACGAUUUACUGCAUGACCCGUUAUAUGACUGCUUUGUGCAUUAUGCUAGCGAGUAGAGUUCCUUUCUGCUUUCAGUUAUUUUAUUGUCAUUUCACCUAAUAACAUCACGCACCAAAACUAUUUGCUUAAGUUCUACAGCAUAGAAUUGCAUUAAUGAAUCACUAUAAGGUAUCGUUUGCUUUCUCGUGCAGGUUUGCGGCAAACAAUCACUGUCCUUUGCUGAAGAACUUAAGAGACUGUAGGCCUAAUGUUAUUCACAUGUUUAAGUAUCCAGGUACGCAUUAGGCCUGCGAGUUAAAUAAGCCAUGCAUCACAGAUAUCAUUGAUCAUGCAAAAUGAGGGGAUGUGCAGUUGUUUCUGCAGGAAAGCCUCUAUGUCAUAAGUUGUAUGUGCAUCAGAAUCAAAACAAAACAAUAAAUUCAAACCAAAUUAA